UACAAAAAUAGAAACAUUAAAUUCAAUUAGUAAUUAUUAGAAAAAUAUAAAAAAUGAUUUAAUUUACAUUCUUUGUUCGUGUUGUUAAUACGUGCAUCUGUUAAAUUAAAGAAAAUCUAAGAGAUACUUAAAUUUUUCUAUUGAAAUUUUAACUGAAACAAAAAUCGAUAGUUUUAUUUAGGUAUAGUUUUGUGUUCGUGUGUUUUUGUUUAUGAAUUAUUAAAGACAACACAAAAAUAUAGUAUAAACAUAAAAUGAAUAUCCAUCCACCAAGGGGUACACUAGCCAGAGCUAUAUACGCAAAGUUUCACAACGAUUUCUAUUUGGAUAAAUAUGAUACUCGAUUGUGGUAUAGUAUUAACUCAGACCAUCCAUUUGCCUAUCAUAGCUCAUUUGUGCCCUUAGAGGAACCUGAUGAUAUUACUUUACAAUGGUUGGAAAAAGCUAAAGAUAGUUCCACUAACAUAUGGUUACAUUUGUGGCAUGCUUUUGCUCGCAUUGCACUGCAAUUAUUUAUGACGCAAACGGAUAUUAAUGGGUUUUUAAAAAGAGGUUCAAUGUUUAUUUUGUCGGAACAACAGUUUGCUUUACUGCUAAAGGAGGGUGGCUUUGAUAGUGGUCGACAUGAAAGGGUACGAUUUGUAGAUAUCGGAGCAGGUGAUGGAGAAAUAUCAGCUGUUCUGCUGAAAGCCCUUAAGAUUUCGAAUGAAGACGUUAUAGUAGAUCCGUUUGCUACAGAAGCGAGCUGGACGAUGAGAGAACGCUUAAAGAAGCGUAAUUUCAGUGUGUUGGAGCGUUUAGAUGAAGUACAAAAUGUUCAACUAGUGUCUUGCUUGAAUGUGUUGGAUCGCUGCAUCGAUCCGAUACAAUUGUUGGAAGACAUUCAUCAAGUUUUAGCUCCAAAUGGUCGAGUUAUCAUAGCUUUAGUAUUACCAUAUAUGCAUUAUGUGGAAUGCAAUUCCUCGCAUAUGCCUAUACGUCCUUUAAUGUCACAUUGGCCGGAUAAGGCCAAACAAUAUUCUUUCGAAUCGGAAGCAGCCAUCUUUUUUCGAGUAUUGGAAAAUAUUGGGUUUCAAGUUGAAGCCUGGACAAAAGCUCCUUAUCUAUGUGAAGGCGACUUAAGACAAUCCUAUUAUUGGUUAAUCGAUUUAGUAGUAGUGCUUUCAAAAAAGUCCUAGCUACAUUUUUAAACCAAAAAAUGUUAUAAUUAAACUGAACAACUUUUUAUGUGCGUGUGUAUGCUAAACAAAUAUAACGCACAACCAAAACCAACUAAAUACAACAUAAACAAAACUACUUUAUUUCUAAAUAUGUAUGUACUACUAUUAUACAUAAAGUUAGUUAUAUUUUUAUCUUUAUUAUUUGAUUUUCUUAAUAUAAGAUGGCAUUUAAAUGUUACUUAACUGAAUUUACACACUUUACAUAAUUAUAAAGAUAACGAAAAAAGAUAAAUCCUAUAUAAAUGCGUUUAUAUAUACAUACAAACUUACAUAUAUCACAAAGAGCCUUUGCUAUCUAUUUAAAUAAGUCUCUAAAAAAUGUUAUUGCCAAAAUCUACAUGAAAAAUCAAAUCAUUUUUAGAGUUGCUAAAUGUUAACGAAAAAUAUUAUUUUCUAUAAAAGGGUGCUAUAAAUUGUCUACUUAAAUAAAAAUCUAAUGGUUUGAAAAAAAAAUAUACAUAAAUUAUGAACUGUAUAAAUCUUAAAGAGAAAAA